AUGCUUUCAUUUAAAGCUUUAGUCACUGCAAGAAAAAGGGCAGAUUCUGUGCGUUCCCAGGCAUUGGAUGUGCCUGGAGUGUCACCGGCAGUGAGGAAGAGGGCCGCUGGCAUGCCGAGGGCUGAGCGCGUCAGCCCAACUGGCUUCAGCAGAGCUGAUGACCUUCCAAGAUCUGAUCAGCCUCCAGUUACCAGAGCAGCUCUCAGAUCAGUCUUCCUCACUGCUGCUGGUUUAGCUGGAGCCCCAGGACCGAGAGGAGAUCGGGGAAGGAAGCUAUCAUCAAAUAUAGACAAUGAUCCGGCUGAUAAAAGAGAGAGAUUAUAUGUCUUUGUGCAACCUUUGGUGAAGGUCGUAGAGGAUGAGGAAUCAACAAAGCAGAACGCAGUGUGGAUGACGGUCUUGUUCAAGCUCCCGUGGGCUGAUGGGAUUGCUGCUGAACAGAUUGUGCAGAAUGACACCGGAUCAAUAGUCUUCCCCAAUGCCAACCCCUCCACAGAUCUAACUCAGCCCCUCCACUGCUGUCAGCCUCCAGAGAGGCAGUGCCAUUUAAUUGCUCAGAAUGUGAUUCACGGGACUGCUGGAGUUCGGGUCGAUGCUCUUCGACCCAGAUGGGAUUUUACAGGAGCGUUUUAUUUUGUUGGGACAGUGGUGUCUACUAUUGGAUUCGGGAUGACCACCCCUGUGACAGUAGCUGGAAAGGUUUUCUUGAUCUUCUACGGUCUGCUAGGUUGUGCGGCCACCAUCCUGUUCUUCAACCUCUUUCUGGAGCGCAUCAUUACCCUGCUGGCCGUGGUGAUGAAGGCCGUGCGUCUGCGCCGUCUGCGGACCAGUGGCCCGGGGAUCUGCCAGGACUUCGCGGCGAGUACAUUGCCCGGUUGGAAACCCUCGGUGUACCACGUGAUGCUCAUUCUGGGUUUAUCGGCCAUCGUGAUCUCCUGCUGCGCGUCGGCCAUGUACACUCCAGUCGAAGGCUGGGCGUAUCUGGACUCGCUGUAUUUUUGCUUCGUCACCUUCAGCACCAUUGGUUUCGGAGAUUUGGUGAGCAGCCAAAACGCUGCGUACGGCUACCAAGGACUUUACCGUUUGGCCAACUUCCUCUUCAUCUUGACUGGAGUAUGUUGCAUCUACUCGCUCUUCAACGUCAUCUCCAUCGUCAUCAAGCAGGUCCUCAAUUGGAUGUUGGAGAAAAUGAGCUGCAUGUGCUGCCAGCGCUGCAGCAAAGCCAAUGCUUUCUUGGGACGCCGCAAUGCCAUCAGGCCCGGCUCGCGCCUCAGACGCGGACGCUUCGGCCGAACACCAGACUCGGACAGGCCUUGCGAUAGCGACACAGAGGGACGCAGACUCUCGGGCGAGAUGAUCUCCAUGCGGGACUUGACGGGAUCCAAUAAAAUCUCGUUGGCCAUUAUGCAGAAACAGCUGUCGGAGUCAGCGAACGGAUAUCCCAAAACGGUGUGCGGAAGUUCACGGCAAAACGGCUUUUCCGGUGGCGUCGGUGCUUUGGGCAUCAUGAACAACCGAUUAGCAGAAACCAGUGACUCUAGGUAG